AUGGAUCCUAAAUUCUUGACUUACAACGGCGUCGUGCUUCGAAGAUUUGAUGUACGCAGUUUAGAAGAUUGUAACUAUUUGAACGAUGUCAUCAUCGAUUUCUAUUUUGCCUACCUGUUCGAGUCACAUCAAUCUGACGACAUAUUGUUACUACCGACGAGUAUCUCUUUUUUGCUGGGCAACGCUCUUGACUGGGAUACUUUCAUGGCCACAAUGGAAUCUCUGAACUUCCAUGAGAAGAAACUCAUCUUCUUCACCGUCAACGACAACUCCAAUUUCUCCUCUUCUGGCGGAUCUCAUUGGAGCUUGCUUGUCUACUGCAGAAAGCGAAAUUUAUUCAUGCAUCACGAUAGCCUUCACAUGAUGAAUAAUGAAUCUGCAUUCACUAUCUACGAAUCUGUCAAUAGUUAUAUUAGUUAUGAUUCAGCUGAGUUCAUGGAAUGCCGAGCACCUCGACAAAGGAAUGGAUAUGAUUGUGGAUAG